AUGGCGUCGGAACGCAUCAUUGGGGCACUCGAGCAUUUGAUCGCCCAUAUUGUGCCCAACGACCCAGACGAGGACCCGGGCACUGCCCAGGCACGACGUGAUGCUUGCUUGGAGAAUUUGGCAUCCAUCAUCGAAAGCCCGCAAGGCCCAACAAUUUCCUCCGACGUCAAUCACGCCUCCGAUCUCAUCAAGAGAAAACUCGUUCAGACAAACCCCAAUUCCGCACUGAGGUUCUCCAAUCUGUACUCACGGCUGCUCUCUCUUCCUGUACUAGACAACAAAUGGGCCAUCCUAUACCUUCUCUACCAACUAGCCGACUCACCGGACCCAAACGAACCUGUACCUCUCAGCCCUAUCAAACCGUCAGCACCGAACUACCGCGAAGCCGUUCAUAGAGAUGCCGCCAAGAGACAGAGCCGAGACAGGCACAGAGCAGCAACCCCGGUCCUCAGAGGCGAGGAGGAGCAGUUCCGAGAUGCCUUCCAACCCGACGGUCUCAAGACUAUGCCUGGGCAGAAGCAAAACGCUGUCGAACAGGAACCACCGAAGAGGGACGUUUCCCUGAAAUCAACAUUACUCGCCAACAAUUACACCGAGUUUGACCCUCCCGAAACUGAUAUUCUACGAGAUCUUCCAUUCACUCUACAAGGACUAUCCUCGACUACCCUUCCAUUCGCAACACCACAAACCUUGAAACUGCCUCCCACGGUUCCGCUGCCUCUCGUGUCUAUACUUCACACCCUUGCUGAGCCAUCGCUCCUGUAUCGCGGACUGGACGAGUACUGCAACACCCCGGCAAACGGUCUACUAGGACAGAGCCUACGGUCCGCCAUCAGAGGCGAACUGCACUCCUAUCUCACUCUGAUAGCCACCCUAGAAAGCCAAAUCAGACGUGCUCUCUCAUCGCUUGACGAUAAUGCGCCUCGGGGAGGAAUUGGCAAAGCGGGCGUCACAUUGAAGAGAUGCGUUGUUUGGACGCGAGAGGCAACCAUGGGAUUGCGGUUGAUGAGCCUCAUCGCCGAGGAGUCUGAGAACAAAAUUGGUGGACAGCUCAUUUCUCUCAUUCACAGUUUCUCGUCGUCACAUGGCGAUCCCGUUGUUGCUGCUUUUGCAGAGCGGCUUCUAAGCAGCUUCACCAGGCCCUUCUACGAUAUCCUGCGCCGCUGGAUAUAUGACGGAGAAUUGUCAGAUCCGUACCAGGAGUUCUUUGUUCGGGAGCAGCAAGCGCGGGUGGACGACGUGGCUAAUCUAAAAGUAGUUGGCAAUGUGUGGACGGACAAGUACGAAAUCGACCAAGAUAUGAUCCCGAGUAUCAUCACACAAGACUUUGCGCAAAAGGUAUUCCUGAUCGGCAAGUCUCUCAAUUUCAUCCGCCACAGCUGCGGCGACUCCGUCUGGGUGGAGGAGUAUUCCAAAGCAGCGUCGAAGGAACUUCGAUACGGCGACACGGCCACCCUGGAGGCCUGGAUCGAUGAAGCAUACAAGACCACCAUGAAGCGCUUGAUGGACCUCAUGUCCACCAAGUUCCACCUCUUUGAGCACCUCAGAGCCCUAAAGGACUACAUCCUCCUCGGACAAGGAGACUUCAUAGCCCUCCUCAUGGAAUCCCUCGCCGCAAACCUGGACAAGCCAGCCGGUGCGCAAUACCGACACACCCUCACCGCCCAGUUGGAACACGCUAUCCGCGGCUCCAACGCACAGUACGACUCGCCUGAAGUUCUUCGUCGCCUCGACGCCAGGAUGCUCCAACUCUCCCACGGCGACAUGGGAUGGGACUGCUUCACGCUCGAGUAUAAAAUCGACGCCCCCGUAGAUGUUGUCGUCACAGAAUGGGGCAACCGGCAAUAUCUCAAAGUCUUCAACUUUCUCUGGCGCAUCAAACGCGUCGAAUUCGCCCUCCUUACCACCUGGCGGAAGUGCAUGACUGGCUCUCGCGGUGUCCUACAAACUUCUGAUCCCGUCGUCGCCCAAACGUGGAAAUCUACCCGUGGCGUGCUCGCGGAAAUGAUUCAUUUCGUAGGUCAGCUGCAGUACUACAUCCUCUUUGAGGUGAUUGAAUCGUCGUGGGAUGAGCUCCAAAAGCGCAUUCAUAAGGAGGACUGCACUCUGGAUGAUCUCAUCAACGCGCAUCGCCGGUACCUCAACGACAUUACGCACAAGGGUCUACUGGGUGCAAAACGUCGACAUCACGGCUCGGAAGACGAUGAGCGCACCUCCUCGUACCUCGGGCAGCUUAGCGAUUUGCUCAAGCUCAUGCUGAGCUACCGCGGUUCGGUGGACGGGUUGUACAGCUGGAGCGUGUCUGACUUUACGCUUCGUCAGGAGGCGGACGUGCGGACUUCGAUGGGCCACCACAUGGAUGAGAAUGCGGAUGGUUCAAAAGAGCCGCCGCCCGAGUUUCCUAAGUUGAGAUACACAUUACACCAGCUUGGGGGAUCGUUUAAGAGCAGAUUGCAGAUAUUGCUGGGUGAUUUGGCAUAUCAGCCGGAUGUGGAUAUGAGGUUUUUGGGCGUCGCUAUGAAUUUCAAUGAUGUAUAUCAGCCGGCCAGGAGGAAGACGAGACCUGCAGCUGGUGCUUCUGGGAACACAUCCAAGGGGUGA